AUGGCCAGUGCUGCCGGCUUUAACCAGACUGGGCCCGUUCCAAGCUCUGCAGCUCUCAAACCUCCCCGGACAAAUCGUCCUGCUAGACCCAACUACAGAAAUAUUCAUCGCUAUCCACUUCCAGUCAAUGUUCAUCCGAUUCCUGCUGUAAUUCCUCAUAACCCUCUGUCUAUCAUUAGUGCUGUUCUCUCGUACCUUACUUUCCUUAUCUCUCCUCCAACUCAAAAAAUACAAACUGCAUACUUUGAUCUCAAUACCUCCUCCGUUCAUGUCACCGAUGAGCGGGCAAUUCAGGCUUUAUGGCAGAUGGGAUUCUUCGGCAAGGGUAAUCUGAGCCGAAGUGAACCUAGUUGGCUGGAACGUGAAAAGAAAAGACGAGGACUACUAGGCGGCAGCACAAGUGAAGAGGCUACCAGGAAACGCAGGACCGAACGUCGCGAGUUGAAGCUUGAGCGAGCGAGAGUUGAAGCACUGGCUAUUGAGGAAAGGUUGAAGGCUGAGGCUGCCAUCAGAGACUCCAGCACGGUCUCGAAUGGCUCGGCGUCGAUUGAUGAUUCUGCUGAAGCCACAGCGGUCUCAGUCGAAAAGUUCUCCGUCAAAAAGGCCAUGGAAGCCAAGUAUCGCGAGUCUCGGCUUCGAAAAACACAGAAUGGAGAUGCUUCGCAGCCUACUGGCCCCUUAGAGUCUGCCAAUGAGAAAUCAGUUCGGUUUUCGCCUGUCGUACAAGAGAGGCAGCUUACUUCUACUGCCGUCCAGGACAUUGAGACAGACGAUGCCAUUAUUGAAAAUGAGGAACACUUGCAACUUUCCAACGAAGAGACCUUCUUCCUCGUGUAUGCGCUAGGCUCCCUACAUGUCGUCGACACGCUCAACAAUGUCAUUCCAACUUCCGAUCUCCUCCCACUUCUCUGUCACCAUUCAUACUACCCCGCUCGUAAAUCCUCUGCCGCCCUGCAACCAGACGACCCUUUUAUGAUCUCCUACACAGUCUAUCACCACUUCCGAUCCCUGGGAUGGGUGGUUCGUUCUGGGGUCAAGUUUGGAACCGACUAUCUACUUUACAACCGGGGACCUGUCUUUUCACAUGCCGAGUUUGCCAUCAUCAUAAUCCCUUCCUAUGAGCACCCGUACUGGGCAGAGACUCAAGAACGGAGACAUCAUGUGGCUAGUAAGCAAGAUCGGAGCUGGUGGUGGUUGCACUGUGUCAAUAGAGUCCAGGCCCAGGUGAAAAAGAGCCUAGUGGUCUGCUACGUGGAAGUGCCACCUCCCCCAUCUUCAAUUGAUGAUGUGGGAGCUCUGCUAGGUCGAUACAAGGUGCGCGAAUUCCUACUGCGACGCUGGACUCCAAACCGGACCCGUGACUAG